UCUCGGCGAGUGCGGAGCGGUAACAAGUGGGCGACGAUGCCGUACGAGAUCAAGAAGGUGUUUGCCAGCCUCCCCCAGGUGGAGAGGGGCGUCUCCAAAAUCAUCGGCGGCGACCCCAAGGGCAACAAUUUUCUUUACACCAAUGCAGAGGGCGUCAUUGUCAGGGACAUCGACAACCCAGCCCUUGCUGACAUCUACACGGAGCAUGCCCAUCAGGUGGUGGUGGCCAAGUACGCGCCCAGUGGGUUCUACAUCGCCUCUGGAGAUGUAUCUGGAAAGCUGAGGAUCUGGGAUACCACGCAGAAGGAGCACCUCUUAAAGUAUGAGUAUCAGCCUUUCGCUGGGAAGAUCAAGGACAUUGCUUGGACAGAAGACAGUAAGAGGAUCGCAGUGGUCGGAGAAGGAAGGGAGAAGUUUGGAGCCGUCUUCCUGUGGGACAGUGGCUCUUCCGUGGGCGAGAUCACGGGACACAACAAAGUCAUCAACAGCGUGGACAUCAAGCAGAGCAGACCGUACCGGCUGGCCACGGGCAGUGACGAUAACUGUGCCGCGUUCUUUGAGGGGCCACCGUUCAAGUUCAAGUUUACAAUUGGCGACCACGGCCGCUUUGUCAACUGUGUGCGAUUCUCUCCUGAUGGGAACAGAUUUGCCACGGCCAGCGCAGAUGGUCAGAUUUACAUCUAUGAUGGAAAGACGGGGGAGAAAGUGUGUGCCCUGGGAGGAGGCAAGGCUCACGACGGAGGCAUUUACGCUAUCAGUUGGAGCCCUGAUAGCACCCAUUUGCUUUCUGCUUCUGGAGACAAAACCUCGAAGAUUUGGGACGUCAAUGUGAACUCUGUCGUCAGUACGUUUACAAUGGGCUCCACCGUUCUGGACCAGCAGCUGGGCUGCUUGUGGCAGAAGGACCACCUCCUUAGCAUCUCCCUGUCUGGGUACAUCAAUUACCUAGACAAAAACAACCCCAGCAAGCCCCUGCGGGUCAUCAAGGGUCACAGCAAAUCCAUCCAGUGUCUGACGGUGCAUAAAAAUGGCGGCAAGUCCUACAUCUACUCCGGGAGCCACGACGGACACAUUAAUUACUGGGAUUCAGAGACGGGGGAGAAUGACUCCUUCGCCGGGAAGGGCCACACGAACCAGGUGUCCAGGAUGACGGUGGACGAGUCCGGGCAGCUGGUGAGCUGCAGCAUGGACGACACGGUGCGGUACACGAACCUCAUGCUGAGGGACUACAGUGGGCAGGGACUUGUGAAGAUGGACGUCCAGCCCAAGUGCGUGGCUGUGGGCCCCGGAGGCUACGCUGUGGUCGUGUGCAUUGGGCAGAUCGUCCUGCUCAAGGAUCAGAAGAAGUGCUUCAGCAUCGACAGCCCCGGCUACGAGCCCGAAGUGGUGGCAGUGCACCCCAGCGGUGACACGGUAGCUGUUGGGGGCACGGACGGGAAUGUCCGCUUGUACUCCAUCCUGGGCACCACGCUGAAGGACGAGGGCAAGCUCCUGGAGGCCAAGGGCCCCGUGACCGAUGUGGCAUAUUCCCACGAUGGCGCUUUCCUCGCCGUGUGCGAUGCCAGCAAAGUGGUCACGGUCUUCAGCGUUGCAGACGGCUACUCGGAGAACAACGUUUUUUACGGACACCACGCGAAGAUUGUCUGCCUGGCCUGGUCACCAGACAACGAGCACUUUGCCUCUGGUGGCAUGGACAUGAUGGUGUACGUCUGGACCCUAAGUGACCCUGAGACCAGGGUCAAGAUCCAAGAUGCGCACCGGCUCCACCACGUCAGCAGCCUGGCCUGGCUGGACGAGCACACGCUGAUCACGACCUCCCACGACGCCUCUGUCAAAGAGUGGACAAUCACCUACUGAGGAGCCCCCUCCUUUGGACGGACCGAAUCAGGGACUAGAGCUUAACCGCAGCAGAACACAUCGUUUCUCUAAAUAUUUCUGUCCUGCGCCCCCACGCCCGCCCCACUCAGGAGGGUGGGGCCUUACGCGAGUACUCUCCGCUCUGCAGGGUGUUCCUAUCUGUACACGUUCUUCUGAAAGCUUUAGACAGUGACAGUUUGCACAUGAAAAAUAAAGCAAGCACUUAAACACCGUGUGGAGCGUAACUCAAACCCACUACCCACCCCAGCCCGAGUGCAGAACAUUCCGGAGGCAGAGCCUCGAAAGCACACAGACCCGCCCCUGCGGCUCUUGCUGUCUGUCAGGGUAGGCUGCGGUUGUGGGCCG